CUUUUGUUAUUUGCAGAGAAUCUGGGGCGCAAAAAGGCCUGUGAUUCAGAGUUUUUCGGAGGUGACAUGAUUUUAACCCCUGAACAAAGAGCUGUUGUAGAGGGCGAGACUAAAGGAUCAAUAACCAACAACAGAUGGCCAAAUGGUGUUAUGGUUUACCAGAUCGAAAGUUCUCUGUGUAAGUAUUAGCUGGUGAGCAUCUUUUUGCAUUUAACAAAGAUAGUGAGAUUUCCAAGUGUUUCCAAUGUGCAGUUCGCCAAAGUGAAUCCGCAAUGAUCGAUUGCUCGCCGAUUACUAAUGAUUUCUGCUGUCGUGCAAUUAAGCGUUCUCAAUAUCCCCCGUAGCAUUUGGUAACAUGUAUUUUCACUGAAUCGCUCGUGAUCUGAUAAAUCAAAGAAAACGAAGGGCUCUGGAAACCGAGAAGUCUAAGGUCUAUGACGUAUUUCCAUUUCUGGUACUUGAGCCAAACCAAAAAAAUUCGAGUUUCUUUCUGCAAAAUAUUCUUGCCCAGGCCUCUGGCGGAUUUAAAGUUAAGGAUGCGUUCUCCUGACAUCGAACGCAACCAUUAAAAUGUGACCGACUAACUAAUUAACUGACAGAGUAAAUGCUGAAGAAGACACGCACAAAUGAAAAAAAUCCAGGGAAAUUGAAACAGUCUGCAGUCGAUGUUUUCAAAGGUUAUCUCUGCAUUUGUAACUAAAAAAAUGAUGCAUUAGGAACAACGCAAUUGUUCAUGAAGCUCUGAGUUCUCCACUAUCGUAUCGUGCACAGUAAUUUUCAAGGAGUUAUAAUAACUCCUCUAGUGGGGCUAAUUUAACUCCUUAUAGUGGAUUUAUUUUUUGGGGAGUUGUUUUAACUCCAAAAAGGAUUUUAAAGAACUCUUUUUCAGGAGUAAAAGUGACCCCAGAUAUUGAGGAGUUAAAAUAACCCCAAAACAGGAGUUAUCCUGUACCUAAAAUUUUUACUCCACUUUCAGAGUUAAAGUAACUCCAAAAAGAGUAAAAACAAAGCAUGUAAGGAGUAAAAGUAACCCCAUUUCGCAGUUACUUUAACGCCAGACUGGGAGUAAAAAGAACUUUUUUUCAUGAGCAAAAAUGACCCCAAAUUUGGAGUUAAAUUAGGAGUUAAGAUAACCCCCAAAAGGGGGUUAUCCUGUACCUAAAAUUUUUACUCCAUUUUUUGAGUUAUAAUAACUCCCUAAAAAUUACGGUGUGCAUUAUAUAAUAACACGUGAACUAUAUACAGUGGUCUACAACUGAGAAAAAACAAGCUAUUUAGGUCUUUUUCUUUAUAGCUCAGUUAAUUUUUAACAGUUUGAAAUAUUACGAAAAGAGUUUAACUGAAUCUAUUUUGUAAAUUUAGCAUCAUCAAGUCGGGCAAUGGCAGCCAUUAAUGCAGGCAUGGCGGAGUGGACCCAGCAGACUUGUAUUAAGUUUAAAAAGAGAACCAAUGAAGCAGCCUACGUGUCCUUUUUUAAGGGCUCGGGGUAAGUGUUAUUAACCCUUUAAGUCCCAAUAUCCGCAUACAAAUUCUCCAACCUGAUCUCUAUAUAUUUCCUUAAAGAAUGAGUUGAGAGAAUUUGAUAAAAGAUCAAAUCAUUUUCUCCUAGAUGAUCAUUUUAUUAAUUCUUAUAACCUAAUCUCUUGACAAUGUAUGGAUAUUGUUAGGAGAAAAUUUAAGUUUGUCACUAUUGGGACUUAAAGGGUAAGAGAAGGCUCAGUGGUGAGGUGAGCUGGUUAGACCGCUAAAAAUGCAAUUUGGAAGCCCCCGCCGAGUUCAUUCCCGGCCCUAACGGCGAGCUGGACUUGUUCCCAGUCCACGGUAAAGUCACGACUGCUCGGUCACGCUUGUAAAUAGGCAACUGAUUUGCCUCCGACCAGUUGAGAUUCUUAAGCUUGUUAUGUUUAUUUUCAAAUGCACUUUUAUGGGUUAUUAGGAAUUGUGUUAAUAACCCUACAAUGUAAAAAUAAAUUGACUUUAUAGGGUUGACACAACAAGGAAAUUGGGCGAUAAAAUUGUCCAGAAUAAUUAUUUAGGGUAAACUUAACCUGAACUAUACUAAAUAUUUUGUGUUGAUAUACUGAACAGUACACUGCAAGAAAAUGGAGACUUGGUUACGUGGUAAAAUUGCCUUAACCGUGAUAUGAAAGCUCCCUGCUAUUACCCCAGUCUUCAGAAUAUGAGGGAUAAAACACAAACAAUUAAAAAGUUUUAAAAUAUUUUUGUAAAAUAUCUUUCUGUAUUUCAGCUGCUGGUCUUACGUUGGAAGAACUGGACGAAAACAACAAUUAUCCCUUGCCAGUGGUUGCUGGAGUAGAGGGAUAGUUGCUCACGAGAUUGGUGAGAUUAGAUGUGAAUCGACGUAUUUUUUUAUUUCAUCAAAUCUUUGUGGAUCUGGGAUUUGAACAAAAUUUAGUAGUAAUGAUUCUAGUACUUCUAUGAUCAUGUAUGAUCAAUCCAUUUAUUUGCAGAACUUCUUUUCAUAUUAUUAAACUAUUCAAAACAGACUAGCUUUACAACACACUUUUAAUUUUUAUUUCAAUUUGUAUUACCUCAAACUGCUGUAUUUACAACUAUAAAAACAAUAACAAAAUAAGACUCAUGAAUGGUGUCGUCAAGGCGUAGUAUCUUAGCUAUAAUAGCACUAUGACAAAGGCAGAAGUUUCACUGAAAUGAAAAAUUGCACCUUAAAUUGCUUAAAGUGGCAUUUCUCGACUGUGCGAUCAAUCAAAACUGCUGAAGUGAUGAUUUAGGGAGGGGUAUUUGCCCUCUUCUUUGUCCUCACCUCGGGUCAUUUGACAGCUUAUGUGUCUCAGAUCCAGGGAAUUUGCCAUUCAAAGCCAAAGAAUUAAAUGCUAAUGCCCGGAGGUUAGUUUAUGAGGCAUGGGCGCAGCUGGAGUUGACUGAUGCGUAACAAUCAUGAACAAAGGUCUCUUGUCUUAUGGUUGUGCGCAUGGGUAAGGUACUAGCCAUACCGCUGAGUUGUUGCGUAUUCUUCAGUGCAUAAUUUGGACUAGGUUCUGUCUUGUUCUAAACAGGGUGGUAAAAUAAGUAAUAUUUGCAUUAAUUAAACAGGGGGGCCUUUACGUCCCCCGACCAAUUAACCCCCCCCCCCUCGAGGGAGUUAAUUAAUGAAUCCUGUGCAGUUUCAAAUGCAUUAUGCCAGUUAAAUGAGUUUGGAGGUAUUUACCUAAACGUCCUGUAGCAUGUCCAGUUUCAAAUGCGUUAUUAAUGAUUCCUGUAGCGAGUCGAGCACACAUAUCAAAGAAGCUAAGUAGGUGAUUAUUAUUUUUUUCGCAGGGCAUGCGUUGGGAAUGUUUCACGAGCAGUCCAGACCGGACAGGGAUAGCUAUGUCACUAUCAAAUAUGAAAAUAUCAUAGAAUGUGAGUAAAUGACGACUACUACUACUACUACUACUACUACUACUACUACUACUACUACUACUACUACUACUACUACUACUACUACUACUACUACUACUACUGCUGCUGCUGCUGCUGCUGCUGCUGCUGCUGCUGCUGCUGCUGCUGCUGCUGCUGCUGCUACUACUACUACUACUACUGUAAUGAUAAUGAUAUUAAUAAUGAUAAUGACGAUGAAUAAACAUUAUUUAGCGAAGAAAUUUUGUCUUUACGUUUUUUCUAUAUGGCAUCGUAAACACCAAGAGUGUAAACACUGAAAAGCACAAAAACCAGAAAGCUCUGUCAUUCAUUUACAGUCUGACAACGGAGUCCUUGUCUUAAAAAUAUGUUUUAUGUAUUUUUCACGACAGCUGCAAAAAGCAAUUUCAGGAAACUGGGUUCCAAUGUAAUCAACUCAUUGGGAACACCUUACGAUUAUGCAUCCGUGAUGCAUUAUGGAGAGAAAUACUUUUCUAAGAAUGGCAAGCCCACCAUAGUGACAAAGAAAGCUGGGGUAAGUUCAUUGAAAUAA